AUGGAAGUGUUUCAGUUGGGUCAAUGUGACAGGGUGUCAGCCAGGCACUGCCAGGCCAGCCCACAGUGUGACAGGAGCGUGUACUGUAUGUGUGACUCACUGAGCACAGUGACAGGUCCACCUAAAUGUACCAUCCCUCAGGAUAACACGUACACUAAAGCGAAGUCCAAACAGGAGAAGAGAUGUCGCCAGACAGCCAUGGUGGGGCCUUGGUCUCCGUGGCUACGUGGCUGCAGCCUGGAUAAAUUAUUUAGCAGCUAUCAGACUCCCUGGCAGCAGAGCAGAGCCAGUCCCAAAAACACACAGACUCAGGACGUCAUGUGUCACAAGGCCUUCUCCACCCAGCAGCCUUUAGCCCUACAACACCUGCAGCAUCAGGAGAACGCGGUGGAGGGAGAUGCCUGCUACUACCAUUGUGUGCUGUGUAACUACUCCACCAAGGCCAAGCUCAACCUGGUCCAGCAUGUGCGCUCCAUGAAGCACCAGCGCAGCGAGAGCCUGAGGAAGCUCCAGCGCCUGCAGAAGGGCCUGCCUGAGGAUGACGAGGAGCUCAGCGCCAUCUUCACCAUCCGCAAGUGUCCGUCUGCUGAUGCAGGAGAGCUGAGCGAGGAUGUGGAGGCUGCCAGUGAGACCACCACAGAGCAGGAGGACCAAACCAAAGACAGAGAGAGUGGGGGGGAGAAGGAGCUCACCAAAGGGACAGCAGGAUCCAGCCAGUCAGAGAGGGACCAGACAGACUCCCCGAACCCCUCUAAGAGGCCCUCCUCACGGUCAGGGGCCACAGGGAGCCCCCUCUCCUCCAAGCGUCCCAGGACUGCUGAGAAGAGUGCUGCUGCGGAGCAGAUGUACCAAUGUCCCUACUGCAAGUUCAGCAACACAGACCUGAACCGCCUGAGAAUGCAUGUGAUGACGCAGCACUCUGUCCAGCCCAUGUUCCGCUGCCCACUCUGCCAGGACAUGCUGAACAACAAGAUCCAUCUGCAGUUCCACCUCACACACCUCCACAGCGUGGCGCCCGACUGCGUGGAAAAGCUCAUCGCCACGGUGACGGCAUCAGAGGUUCUGCCAGAAAGCAUGUUCAUACCAGUACCAGGCCCAGACAGAGAUGCACAAAGCAGCACCCCACAGGCCCCGGCGAACUCCAGCUCUGAAGAUAUCAAGAAACAAGCCGAACCAUCAGAUGCUGAGCCUGAGAAAGGGGUCUCACUGCCUACAGAAAUAGCUGAAGCUCGCAAGUCACCUCUGGAGGAUCAGCAGUCUGGAAGGGAAGACACAGGAUUCCUGUGUUGGAAGAAAGGCUGUAACCAGGUCUUCAAGUCCUCUAACUCCCUCCAGGUGCACUUCAAUGAGGUUCACAACAAAAGGCCUCAGCUGCCUGUCUCGGACCGGCAUGUCUACAAGUACCGCUGCAACCAGUGCAGCCUGGCCUUCAAGACGGUGGAGAAACUGCAGCUGCACUCGCAGUACCAUGUCAUCAGAGCAGCCACCAUGUGCUGCCUCUGUCAACGCAGCUUCAGGACCCUGCAGGCCUUGAAGAAACAUUUGGAGACCAGCCACCUAGAGUUGAGUGAGGCUGACAUCCAACAGCUCUAUGGAGGCUUACUGAUGAACGGAGACCUUAUGGUCAUGGGAGAUCCAUCACUUGGAGAGGACCACGGAGGACUGGGAGAAGAUGACAAGGAGGGAGAUGACAGUGACCAAGAGGAGAAGCAAAGCCCAACAGGUAGCGACUCUGGCUCAUUGCUAGAAGAUUUUGGAUCAGAGCCCAAGCGUGCCCUGCCAUUCAGGAAAGGUCCUAACUUUACCAUGGAGAAGUUCCUGGACCCAUCUCGUCCUUUCAAGUGCACAGUGUGCAAAGAGUCAUUCACACAGAAGAACAUCCUUCUGGUUCACUACAACUCUGUCUCACACCUGCACAAGGUCAAGCGGGCCCUACAGGAGUCCACCACUGGUCAACCAGAGCCCACCAGCAGCCCUGACAACAAACCAUUCAAGUGCAGCACUUGCAACGUGGCUUACAGCCAGAGCUCUACUCUAGAGAUCCACAUGCGCUCUGUCCUCCACCAGACCAAGGCCCGAGCAGCCAAGCUUGAAGCAGCAGGAGGAAACACCAGCUCCAGCAGUGGUUCUGGAUUAAGUGGCGGUGGAUCCUCCAUCAGCACUUCAACUCCAAGCCCAAGCCCAGCUACUAACUCACUAACCAGCUCCAGCAACCACAGCUCUUCUGGGGCUCAGACUACACAGACUAUUCUUGGAGGCAACCACAUGAGCCAGUCUCACAGCAUUGAAAGCCUUGGGAACUCCUCGAUGACUUGUCAUCCGUCACCAUCUGAAAACCAUGAAUCAAAAAAGAAGAAAUUUGCAGACAUGCUCUCUGCAAGGGGACAGCAGCACCAGCAGCAGCAGCUUCAGCAGCAACAGCAGCAGCAGUUGGCUCAGGCCCAAGCUCAAGCCCAGGCCCAGCUCCAACAAGAACUCCAGCAACAAGCUGCCCUCAUCCAGUCCCAGCUUUUCAACCCAGCACUUCUUCAGCACUUCCCCAUGACAACUGAUGCUCUUCACUCACUGCAGCAACAACAGCUGCUCUUCCCUUUCUACAUCCCUGGAGCAGAAUUCCAACUGAAUCCAGAGAUGAACCUCAACAGUUCUGCACUUGGCCUGUCAAGCUCCACUGCCAACUCUCUGUUGGAGGACCUGAAGAACUCUGCCCAGCAGGCUCAGGCUCAGAGCUGCCUGCAACAACAGCUGAUGCACCACCACCUUCAGCAGCAGCACCAACAGCAGCAGGCCCAAGCCCAUUCUCAGGCCCAGGGCCAGAUGGCUUUGCUUCAACAGAGUGCCAAUCUACUUCACCAGGCUGAGAAAAAGCAGAAGGCCGCUGCCGCCCAUAAUGAGAAGCAAGAGAGAGAAAGGGAAAUGCAAAGAGAAAAAGACUUAAGAGAGAAAAUUGAGGAACAUGUCACAAAAGACAGCUCUGACAACAAGUCAAACGAAAAAAAGGAUAUGCAACAGACUGCAAUGAACUCCAACCACGAUCCUGGCUUUCCUCCACCAAGGAUUGCUUCAGAUGCUCGUGGAAAUGCCACUAAAGCCCUUCUGGAGAACUUUGGGUUUGAGCUAGUGAUUCAAUACAAUGAAAACAAGCAGAAAGCUCAGAAGAAGCCAGUGGGGCCUGGACCAGCUGGAACAAGCACGCCUGGUGGGAUCACGAGAGUGGUGGACCCCAUCGAGGGAUUGGAGAAGCUGGAAUGUGAGGCCUGUGGAAAACUAUUUUCCAACAUACUGAUUCUGAAGAGUCAUCAGGAGCACAUCCAUCAGGCCUUCUUCCCAUUCCGCUCCCUGGAGAGAUUUGCCAAGGAAUACAGAGAGCAGUAUGACAAACUGUAUCCACUCAGACCCCAGACACCAGAGGCUGCUCCUCCUGCUCCUCCACCUCCUCCUCCUCCUCCUCCUCCUCCUCCACCUCCACCCCCUCCACAGAGAGCCCCAACACCAAAUAUUCCUGUCUCUGCUCCCUCCAUCACACCCCCAACUGUGUCGACCCCACAGCCUCCUGUUCAAAUGGCUCAAAUGUCCAUGCCAAUGGAUAUGCCCCUCUUCUCACCACUCAUGAUGCAGUCACUGUCUCUACAGUCUAUGCCAUCUCAAAUGCAAUCCCAGAUGUCAUCUGUGGAGUCACAGUCACUGGCUAAUGAUCUGGCCCAGCUUUACCAACAGCAACUUACACCAGCCAUGCUACAGCAGCAGCAGAAUAAGAGGCCCAGGACACGUAUCACUGAUGACCAGCUUAGGGUCCUUCGGCAGUACUUUGACAUCAACAACUCCCCCAAUGAGGAGCAGAUUAAGGAGAUGGCAGAUAAGUCAGGGCUGCCCCAGAAAGUCAUCAAACACUGGUUCCGCAACACCCUCUUCAAAGAGCGCCAGCGCAACAAAGACUCACCCUACAACUUCAACAACCCACCCAUUACCACUAUGGAGGAUACCAAAAUUGACUCUAAACCCCCUUCCCCUGAGCCUCAAAGACAGGAAUGUUAUGGGAGUAAAAGAUCCUCAAGAACAAGGUUUACAGACUACCAACUGAGGGUGCUUCAGGACUUCUUUGAUGCUAACGCCUACCCCAAAGAUGAUGAAUUUGAACAGCUCUCCAACCUUCUGAGCCUCCCCACCCGUGUCAUUGUGGUGUGGUUCCAAAAUGCUCGUCAGAAGGCACGCAAGAAUUAUGAAAACCAGGGGGAUGGAAGUAAAGAUGGUGAACGAAGAGAACUGUCCAAUGACCGUUACAUUCGCACCACCAACCUGAACUACCAGUGCAAGAAAUGCAGUCUGGUUUUCCAGCGCAUAUUUGACCUCAUAAAGCACCAAAAGAAGCUGUGUUACAAAGAUGAAGACGAUGACGGGCAAUACGACAGCCAAAAUGAGGACUCUAUGGAUCUUUCUCAUGAAUACUACACCCCCUCUGGGUCCUCCUGUCACACCCCUAUGCCUUCCUCCUCAAGCCUCUGCCCUCUCCCUCCCUCCACCUCAGCUUUCUCCCACCUCUCAUCCUCUGAGAAGGAGGAAGCCUCACCAGCUAACACAUCAAACUCUUAUGAUGAGAAGCCCAAACAUUUGGCUGAAAUGUCCUCAGAUCCACGUGAGCAUCAGACCACCAUCAAACAGGAGACUGUGCAUCAGCCCCAAUCUGAGACUCAACAUCAGAGAAGAGAAGCACGAGAUGAGAAGCCACAAACAGCCCCAAAGAUAAACAAGCAUUCUUCUCCUUCCCUCUCUCAGCAGCAACGUGAGUGUGGUCCCUCAGCCUCUCAGACAAACCAGGCUGAGAGAGCUUCUCAGAGCUCCCACAUGGGCCUCAACCCUCACAUGAGCUCUGCAUCACAGCAACAGCUGGCACAGCAAAUGAUUCAAUACCAGUGUGAGCAGUGCAAGCUUGGCUUCCCAUCCUUUGAGCACUGGCAGGAACACCAGCAACUCCACUUCCUCUCUGUACAAAACCAAUUCAUCCACCCUCAGUUCUUGGACCGCCCAAUGGACAUGCCCUUUAUGUUGUUUGAUCCUAGCAAUCCCCUGUUGGCCAGUCAACUCCUCUCUGGGGCCAUGCCACAGAUCCCAAGCAGCUCUGCCACCUCUCCAUCAACACCCACCUCCACCAUGAACUCCCUGAAGAGGAAGUUGGAGGAGAAAGCAGGCACUAGCCCAGGAGAGAAUGACAGCACCAACAGUGGGGAGGAGCCACAAAGAGACAAGCGCCUCAGGACUACCAUCACACCUGAGCAGCUGGAGAUCCUCUAUCAGAAAUACCUGUUGGACUCAAACCCCACUCGAAAAAUGCUUGACCACAUUGCUCAUGAGGUGGGACUGAAGAAGAGGGUAGUGCAAGUUUGGUUCCAAAAUACCAGAGCCAGGGAAAGGAAGGGUCAGUUUCGGGCUGUAGGGCCUGCUCAAGCUCACCGGCGAUGCCCUUUUUGUCGUGCUCUCUUCAAGGCGAAAACUGCACUAGAGGCACAUAUCCGUUCCCGCCAUUGGCAUGAAGCCAAACGUGCUGGUUACAACCUAGCUCUCUCUGGCAUGUUCACUGAGGAAGGGAUGCAAAUGAAGAUGGAUCCUCUGGAUAUCUCCAGCUAUUCCCAGCUUGCACCUUCUAACAAUGAUGGACAAUGCUCCUCUCUGUCACCAGUGAGCAAAAACAUGGACUUGUCUCCAAGGGCCCUUUUGAGCCCUUCAUCCAUUAAAGUUGAAGGAGGAAUGGAGGACUUUGAGAGUCCAUCUAUGUCCUCUGUCAACCUUAGCUUUGACCAGAACAAACUUGAUAAUGACGACUGUUCUUCAGUGAAUACGGCCAUCACAGAUACCACCACUGGUGAUGAGGCCAAUGCUGACAUUGACAGUGCUGAUCAAAAGCAUGGUCAAAAUAGUGGUGAUUAUCUAUCUAAGUCUGUGGGUACAGCCCCCUCCCUUGAAAAUGACGACCAGAUGUCCUCAGGGCUGGUGAGCCCUGCGACAAGCUAUUAUGCUAGAGACUAUGAAAAUGAGAAUAUAAUUGACUACAGUGAGACCUCCAGUCUGGCUGAUCCCUGUUCACCAAGCCCCGGAGCUUCCGGCAGCAGGAGCAUCGACAGUGGAGACCGUCCUGGCCAAAAGCGCUUCCGAACUCAGAUGACUAACCUCCAGCUGAAGCUGCUCAAGUCCUGCUUCAAUGACUACAGGACACCUACCAUGCUGGAGUGUGAGGUACUUGGCAAUGACAUCGGACUUCAAAGGGUGGUUCAGGUGUGGUUCCAGAAUGCUCGCGCCAAGGAGAAAAAGGCCAAGCUCAGCAUGGCUAAGCACUUCGGGAUCAACCACACAUCCUACGAGGGCCCGAAGACGGAGUGCUCUUUGUGCGGUGUCAAGUACAGUGCCCGUCUCUCUGUGCGAGAUCACAUCUUCUCUGCGCAACACAUCACCAAGGUAAAGGACACCAUUGGGAGCCAACUGGACAAGGAGAAGGAGUACUUUGACCCAGCCACUGUCCGUCAGCUAAUGGCCCAGCAGGAGAUGGAUCGCAUCAAGAAAGCCAAUGAGGUCCUGGGACUGGCACAGCAGCAAGCCAUGCAGCAGCAGGGGAUCUUUGAUAGCCCCGCCCUGCAGGCCCUGAACCUUCAGUCUGCCUAUUCAAAUCUGCAAGGGAUGCCCCCUGGACUUCUGCCAGGUGUCGGAAGCACCUCCCUACCUGGCUUUAACUCAUCAAACUCAGCUUUAACUCCUCCCAAACCUCCAAACCUCCUGAACAUGCCUGGUGCCAGUGUUCCUUCACCCAGCCUCCCUACAUCUGGAUUACCCAACAAGCCUCCCUCUUCCUCCUCCUUGGCAUCACCCAGCCCAGCACAGGCCAACACAUCUGUCGCCCACUCCAGCCCUACUUCCACCUCCACCACCACAACAACCCAGUCAGGCUCCCGGCCUGAACACCCCAAAGAGCGUAAUGCUGAGAGGUCAAGAGAGAAGGAGAAGCCCCACCACAAGGAGAAGACAGAGAAGCCCUCAACGCCAUCCUCCACUGGAGGCACCCCAGCCCCAUCCACCUCUGCUGCCAGCGCCAAGAAAGAAAAACAAGAUGCAGCUGUGCCCGCCACCUCCAUGCCCACACCGGGUAUGGAGUAUGUGGUAGACCCUGCCCAGCUCCAGGCCCUGCAGGCUGCCUUGGCAUCAGACCCUACAGCUCUACUGACUAGUCAGUUCCUGCCCUACUUCAUGCCUGGAUUUUCCCCUUAUUACGCCCCGCAAAUACCUGGAGCUCUCCAAGGCGGCUAUCUGCAGCCAAUGUACGGCAUGGAAAGCAUGUUCCCCUACAACCCAACAUUGUCCCAAGCGCUGAUGGGCCUGUCCCCAGGGUCCCUGCUUCAGCACUACCAGCAAUAUCAGCAGAGCCUGCAGGAGGCACUACAGCAGCAGCAGCAGCAGCUUCAGCAGAUCCAGCAACCCAAAGCGAGCCAAACUCCAGUUCUCCUUCAACCCUUGGGGGACCGCAAAGAAUCUGCCAAAGAUCCAGCGAAAACAGAGGAGCAGAAAGGCAACCCCCACCGAGAGACCUCUUCCUCCUCCUCCUCCUCUCACAAUAACCUACCCUCCAAGCAGAACGAGAUGGAUGGCAAAGUUGCAGACCCCCUUCUAGACCAGUACAUCGUCCCCAAGGUGCAGUACAGGCUGGCGUGUCGCAAAUGUCAAGCAGUCUUCAGCAAGGAAGAAGCGGCCAUCAAUCACCUGAAGUCUAUCUGCUUUUUCGGUCAGUCUGUGGCAAACCUGCAAGAGGUGUUGCUGCGUGUCCCCAGUGGCGCAGGUGCAGGGGUGGGCAGCCUCUACGACUGCCUGGCCUGUGACACCACGUUGGAUGGGGACAAAGCGCUUAGUCAACACCUGGAUUCGGCUUUGCACAAACACAGAACAAUCAAGCGAUCAGCCAGAAAUGCCAAAGAGCACGCUACUAGUUUAUUACCUCACUCUUCAGCCUGCUUCCCCGAUCCUAACACCGCAUCUACCUCGCAGUCUGCCACUCAUCUCAUCAGCACCCCCCCUCCCCCGCCAACGACAUCAGCCACCAUGCCGUCCUCCUCUGUCUCUUCAUCCUUGUGCUCCACCUCUGCCACCCCACUCAACACCACAGCUGCCGGCAAACCCUGGCCCCAGGCCCCUUUCUCCAGAGCUUUAGCUGGGAAGCCCAAUGCCACUCCUUCUUCUUCUUCUUCUUCUUUUCCUCCAGUAUCCUCACAUUCAACGGUUACCUCAAGUUCAUUGAGCACCUCAGGAGUUCAGACCUCGAUACCAACAGACGUCUUUACCGACGAGUCUGACUCUGACAGCAGUCAGAAGUCAGCAGACAGGCUGGGCAGGACGGCAGAGGUGCCACAACAGCCCGGCUGUCUCAAAGACAGUAGUAGUUGUAGUAGUAAUCUUGCUAGUGUAGGAACGGACUCCAUCAGAUUGUAAAAGAGCUUUCGAUGAUGGACAAUAUUUUAAAAACGCAAAAGACACAAAAAAAACACAAAUGGGAAAAACAAACAAAAAAGCAGCGAUGUUAAAAUACGUUUAAAAGUAUACAAAACAAUUUCAGAAAAAGAUGUGUAAAGACUAACUGCAAUUCCAAAGCUUGUAACCAAAAAUUUAAAUGUUAGUGGAUUGUUUUCCCAUAUCAACAUGCUGGUUUUCAUUUCUUUCAACUGAAAUAUAUACAUUUAUAUGUAUAAGAAUAGAAAAGAUCACUGCAGUUAAGUUUUGGGUAAUGAUAGAGGAAUGCUGGACUGCCUCAAAGUUGUUAAAUGGCCCAAGAACCCUUUUGACAAAGUCAACAAGCUGUCCCUUGUUUGUGUAAUUAUUUCCACUUAAUAGCACAGUCACAAAAAGCCAGUAUGUACUGUAUGGGAGAAUAGUCUAACAGUUUUCUGCUGUCAAAGCAUUCAAAUACCAAUGGCUUGCAAAAGUAAAAAGAAUAAUGUAAUGUCUAUUUUAUUCUCAGGUCAACAGCUCACAGACUUUUUUCUGUUACAGAAAUUCAUUGUUUUACACCUUUUGUUCCAAACAGGAGAA